AUGUCAGGCUACGAAGUGGAACACAACAUCUCCCCCGAGGAGGCCAAGACCAGCAAUGAGCCGCGCCGGCGUCCUGACCUCUCGACCUUCUACUCGGCGCUCGAGCAGCUCGACACGUCCGACGCCGCCCACGCCCGCCACAACCCGCACGCCCACCCCACGCCCACCGACGUCAUCGCCCUCUUCUCCAUGUUCCGCGACGCCCUGAUCGUCAUGGGCGCCGACCAGGCCGGCGGCGAUCCUGCCGACAACCCCAUGUUCGAGCAGCUGCAGGCCUUCAUCGACAAUCCGCCCAAGGAGAUCAAUGGCGUGCCGGACAGCUUCAUUGAGGGCUUGGACCGCGUGCCGAAGAAGGACUUGAAGAAGGACGAUGAGUGUGCCAUCUGCAGGCUGCCAUUCCUGGACGAUCCGUAUCCUCUCGUGGUGGAGCUGCCUUGCGACGCUGGGCACCGUUUCGAUAUGGACUGCAUCCGCCCGUGGCUGAAGCUGAACAGCACGUGUCCGCUUGAUCGCAAGGACUUCUCCAAGAAGAAGGCCCCGCCGCCUCUGCCUGAUGACGAGGAGGAGGAGUGGGAUGACCAGUUCGGUUGA